AUGAUCCACAGCCUGUUUCUUAUAAACUAUUCUGGUGAUAUAUUUUUUUUUAGCGUUGUGAGCCAGUCUGUGUGUGACUAUUUCUUUGAAGCGCAAGAGAAAGCAAUCGAUGUCGAGAAUGUGCCUCCUGUCAUCUCAACGCCGCAUCACUACCUCAUCAGCAUCUAUCGGGAUAAAAUCUUCUUUGUGUCUGUCAUACAGACAGAAGUGCCACCACUCUUUGUAAUUGAAUUUCUACACCGAGUAGCAGAUACUUUCCAGGAUUACUUCGGCGAAUGUUCUGAGACUGCAAUUAAGGACAAUGUAGUUAUUGUGUAUGAGCUUCUGGAAGAAAUGUUAGACAAUGGCUUUCCACUAGCAACAGAAUCUAACAUACUGAAGGAGCUGAUUAAGCCUCCCACAAUUUUGCGCUCCGUUGUCAACUCCAUCACAGGCAGUAGUAAUGUGGGUGACACACUUCCCACUGGACAGUUGUCCAACAUUCCUUGGCGCAGAGCAGGGGUAAAAUACACAAACAACGAAGCCUAUUUUGAUGUCGUUGAAGAAAUUGAUGCGAUUAUAGACAAAUCAGGUUCCACAGUCUUUGCAGAAAUCCAAGGUGUUAUUGAUUCAUGUAUUAAGCUCUCAGGAAUGCCAGAUCUUUCUCUUUCUUUCAUGAACCCACGGCUGCUGGAUGACGUCAGCUUCCAUCCCUGUAUUCGUUUCAAACGCUGGGAGUCCGAGAGAGUCCUUUCAUUUAUUCCUCCCGAUGGGAAUUUCAGAUUGAUCUCCUACCGUGUCAGUUCACAGAACUUGGUGGCAAUUCCAGUGUAUGUGAAACACAUGAUCAGUUUCAAGGAAAACAGUUCUUCAGGAAGAUUUGAUGUUACCAUUGGACCAAAACAGAAUAUGGGGAAAACAGUCGAAGGAGUUGUCGUGACAGUUCACAUGCCAAAGGCUGUACUUAAUAUGAACCUCACUGCUACACAAGGCAGCUAUACGUUUGACCCAGUUACUAAAGUGUUAACAUGGGACGUUGGCAAAAUUACCCCUCAAAAGCUACCAAACCUGAAGGGCAUAGUGAACCUGCAGUCUGGAGCCCCCAAGCCAGAGGAGAAUCCAAGUUUAAAUAUCCAGUUUAAGAUACAACAGCUUGCGAUUUCAGGACUGAAAGUGAAUCGCCUAGACAUGUAUGGAGAAAAAUACAAGCCUUUUAAAGGCGUUAAAUACAUUACAAAAGCAGGAAAAUUCCAAGUCAGGACAUGAGAAGAUGCUCUGCUUCCAAGAGGAAAUUCCCCUUAGAAAAAAAAAAACAAACAACAAAACUUGACUGCUUAGUGACUUAUGUUGCUAUUAAUUAGGUGCCAAUUAACGAAUAGACAUUGAUUAGUUUGGGAUCAAAGCAUUUGUGCACAGCAGCUCUUAAAAUGAAAGCAUAGCUUAGGUUUUCUUAAUAUGGCUUUAAAAUAAGGUACUUUUUUUCUAAUACACCUUCACUUUUUUUACUGAAUUGUUGUGCUGGUGAAUAGUUUGAUAGAGGUGAUCCACAAAAUGUCGCAAACACUACACUGCCAGUCAGAUACCAAAGCCCAGCGGCCAAGCACAUUACGAAGGCCAGACAGGCCACAGGAGAAGUCUUGUGGUGGCACCUCUUGCUGCUGCAGCUGCCUGCAAAAGAAAACUCGGCUAUUCUCACUGCCAGCUGCAAGCUGGCCUUCCACAAAGCAUCACGUAAGCCCUUCAGAAAUCGAGAGCAGCAGUGAGAGGGGCAGGGGUUCUGCAGGGGCCUGGGGACAUAGCAAGUGUCACUCUCAAGAAAGAGCUUCUGAUGAAGGACAAAAAAUAAUUUCCGUGUUGUUUACAAGAAAUCACCUUUCUUAAGAAGCAUUUGCCUUAAUCAGCUUUCAUUUGUGCCAUCUGCAGAUGAGCUGAUAAAAAUAACAUUCUGCAUUAAAUCUGGGAGGCGAUUGUUGCUUCAGUAAUCCACUUUCUUUCCAUUCAAUCUCAUCAUUGCCAUCAUUUUUUUUAAGAAUACAGUUGCAGAGAGUAAGAUCUAUUUUUUAUGUGAAGCCUUUGCUUUGAUUUAGAUGUUCCACUUGGUCGAAGUGGAUGCCACCAGAUUUGUGCCAUGUGUACAUUGGAGCGUAGCUUUUUAGAUGAUAGCACAAUAGAAGUGUCAAGUGUAUUUAAUGGUUGUGUGCUUUAAUGUUAUGAAAUAAAGGGAACUCUACUGCA